CAAAAAGCGCCGACGCGUGUGGACCAACCGUAGCAAGCCAUGGCGGCGGUGGAUAUUUUGUCGGAUGAGGAGGAUGAGUUGCUUUGCCCUGCACCAUGCCAGGAAGCGGCGGAAGCAGCUGAGGCUGCUCCUGCUCCGGCGCCUGCGCCUGCUGAGCCCCCAGCAUUGCGCAGCGUUGUAGUGGCCAAUGUGGACCUGGACUCGGAUGAUGAGGAAGAGAUGCUUUGUGCAAAGGCGCCAGCGGCACCAACACCCGCCGCACCAGCGUCAGCAAUUGCAGCACCAACAUCCACUCUGCCAGCAUCGGUUGGAGGAGAUGAUGACGAUGAGGCGGGGAGAUGAGACGUAUCAGGCAAUGGGAGAAUCCACCAGGAAGAGAUCGCCAGGGCGAGCCCCAGGUUGAGAGAUUCACACAGGGAAGUGGAAUGGG